AGAUAACUAAGUUAUACCUACUCGUGUAUUUUGUUAGGUUAGUUAACCUAUUGGUUGUUAUUGUUAAGAUAAAAAUAUGGGAUUUACCAGCAGAUGUAACCUAUUUGAAUUUGAAUGGAGCGAUAAGAACCGUCCCAACAGGCUAUAGUAUUCAGUUUUGCGAGAAAGCUUGAGCGAUACAUACAUCGCGUUCUUUUAGAAUUUAAAAAGUGUAAAAUGGGUGAUUUGAAACAAAAUGAAGAGUCAGCAAAAAGUGAGGUCGUUUUCGAUAAAUGCUGUCAAUGCAUACCUUUAAGGACAGGAUGCCUUAUUUUUGGAUACCUGAAUCUGGUCGCUUGUGUAACAUACGUUAUGAUUUGCGUGCUAGGCACAAUAAACGCCGAAGCAGUACUAAACGGAACUUAUGGCGAGAUAGAUGAAGAUGUCAAAGACAUGGCCGUAACUGAAAUUAAAACUGACAUCAUAAAUAUGAUCGCGAACCUGAUUGGUCUACUUUUCACCGUAUUCCUUCUCGUCGGACUGCAUACGGAGAGACCUAGAUGCGUCAAAAUCUUCCUGGUGUACGCACUGAUCGGUACGGGACUAGACGUAAUCUUCAAGAUCUUUCAAUUGUUAGCGGGUUAUGCAGCGCUCAAGAAUACAUUAAUAGGAUUGUUUAUAUAUCUUGUGUACGCCAGUUACUUCCUCCUGGUGCUGUGGAGCCAGUACGUCAAGAUGAAAAUCGCUGCAAAUAACCUGCCCACGCAGCACAGCCGCAAAGGACAGCUACUGAUGAACAUGGAGCAAGACGCUUAAGCCAUUCAAUCACUAUCAGCAGACCUAUUCCCUGUCCCAGUCACUCAGUGGAUAAAAUGUACUAUAGUUGUUAGCGAUGUUAUACCCCUGUACCCCUAUACUGUACGCGAUACCCCUGUAAUGUAGAAAAGCCCGUAAAGAUCUCUGUCCGAUCGUGUCGGAUAGCAGUAGAAUAGAUGCACUGUAAUAAAUUAUCUCCUGAGUAGGUAAAUUGGGUGCCGUGGCCGAAUUUCGGAGGAACAUUUUUGGGAUCCCGUAGUCAUUAAGGAACCCUUAUAGGGUAAACCUAAUAAUCAUUAACUACCCACCACUACAUACACCUAUAACAAGUAAACCUUGCACAUACAAAACACACAGUUAAUUAUUUUAUACUACCUUAUAAUAUACUAACAAAACUAACAUAUACGAGUAGUUAUAAGAAAAUAUUAUGUAUAAAGAUAAGGAAUUAAAUAAAGGCUUCAUAUUUAUAACAAA